UAAUUCAUUAUUGUAACAUAAAGGUCUAUGUAUAUAUUUCAGGGUGGUUGUGAAAUUUCACCAGAAUGUUAUGGACAUAUGGUUCACCUUCUAAAAACACUUGCUGAAGGGAAACUAAUUGUAGCUUUAGAGGGUGGAUAUAAUGUUGAAUCGGUCUCAGAAGGAAUUGUUCAUUGCACAGCUGCUCUGUUAGGAAAUUCAUGUCUUCCAUUAAAAUCAGGAUUGACUCCUUCUCCUAAUGCAAUUAUAACAAUCAAAAAUGUGAUUGAAACACAUAAAAAGUAUUGGUCUUCAUUAAAAUUUGAUG